UAAUAGUGAUGGAACCGAACCGAACUGAAAAAACAACAGCAGCACUAGCAAAAACAAGCAAACACAAACAGCAAAGACAGUAGACACUAGACAGACACUUGAAUUGAAACAUGGCGGCGGGUCCUAUAGCGGAACGCAACCAAGAUGCCACAAUAUAUGUCGGUGGACUGGACGACAAAGUGUCGGAGACUCUCAUGUGGGAGCUGUUUGUACAAGCUGGACCCGUCGUGAACGUACACAUGCCCAAAGAUCGGGUGACACAGAUGCACCAAGGCUACGGAUUUGUUGAGUUCAUGGGAGAGGAUGAUGCAGACUACGCCAUCAAGAUCAUGAACAUGAUCAAGCUUUAUGGAAAACCAAUUCGGGUUAAUAAGGCCUCUGCACAUCAGAAGAACCUGGACGUGGGAGCAAACAUUUUCAUCGGUAACUUGGAUGCAGAAGUAGAUGAGAAACUGCUCUACGACACCUUUUCUGCUUUCGGUGUGAUUUUACAAACACCUAAAAUAAUGCGUGAUCCAGAGACGGGAAACUCCAAAGGAUUUGCUUUCAUCAACUAUGCCAGUUUUGAUGCCUCAGAUGCAGCGAUAGACGCUAUGAAUGGCCAGUACCUUUGCAAUCGGCCAGUGUCGGUUUCGUAUGCCUACAAGAAGGAUGCAAAGGGGGAGAGACACGGUUCUGCUGCUGAGAGAUUGCUAGCAGCUCAGAACCCGUUGUCCCAGGCUGACAGACCUCAUCAGCUGUUUGCAGACGCCCCACCGUCUGCUCCCCUGCCCCCACCACCACCUCCAGUCAAUGUCAUGGGAAUGGGACUUGCUCCUCCACCUCCUCCUGUAGGGUUCAAUCCUCCUCCUCCUCCACCGGUGCCUCCACCAGGGACUAUACCGCCACCGAUGUCUCUCCCACCUCCACCUCUCCCUCCACAACAACCUCCUCCCAUGAACAUGUCUCAGAUUCAUUCUCAGAAUAUGAUGAACCAGCAAAACCCCCCUCCACCACCGCUACCACCUCUCCCGCCAACGUCUUCGGCGAAUGUCAUGCAGCAAAAUGUGCCCUCUCAAAUACAACCACCUCAGAACAUACCACGACCACCUAUGCCACCUCCCAGUCUGGGAGGUCCUCCAAACAUGAAUAUGCCUCCGGCCCCGCCGAACAUGCCCCAGAUGCCAGGACCUCCCAAUAUGCCACCAAUGCCUGGUCCACCAAAUAUGCCGCCUAUGCCCGGACCUCCCAUGCCCAACAUGCAAGGUCCGCCUAACAUGCAAGGACCACCAAAUAUGCAAGGGCCACCCAAUAUGCAAGGACCUCCCAAUAUGCAAGGACCACCCAAUAUGCAGGGACCACCCAAUAUGCAGGGACCUCCUAACAUGCAAGGUCCACCAAACAUGCAGAAUAUGCCACCCAACAUGGGCGGACCUCCACCACCCAGGAUGAUGCCUCCACCCCCAUGGCAACAACAGGGGCCUCCACCACACAUGCAAAACCAAGGGGGUAGAUUCCCACCUCCUCCUCCCCCACAUGGUAACCGGCCACCUCCUGGUUGGAGACCUCCACCUCCACCACCAGGAAGAGGAGGCCCUCCAUUUGGUCGACCCCCAUUUCCUCCUCGGGGACCCCCACCACCACCCCCUAGACAACGGCCUCCCCAGAACUAUCAUGAAAGAGAUGACUAUGAGGAUGACAGUUAUAACGAUUACGGCGAGAACUAUUAGAUUGUGAUUAGAUUAAAAAACUAAUAAAAGUAAGUUCAAACAAA